UUUUUUUUUUAAUUAGGACUAUUUUUUUGGUAGAAGGUAGUUCCACAAACUGUUGCCACGAACAAAAUUCUCUUCACCUCCAUUGGCAGAAAAAGAUAUCUCCUAACCUAAGAAAAAAAGCCAAACUAUAUGCAUGGUUGGUUCGAUUCUACUAUGGAAUAAAGGUCCAAGAAACAGCCAGGCCCUUAGAUUUUCGGAGCCAACAAUGGAGCGAGGAGGAAGGAGAAACAGGAGACUCCAUGGGAGCUGCUUCGAAAGUUAAACAUAUCUUCAAAAACUUACAGGCCAUCUCCACCAAACAUAAAACACCUGCUUACGGCUCUCUUGGCCCAUACGGUUGGCCUCAGAACGUCUCCCAAGCCCUGGAUCAGUAUUUGUACCGCCCUCCUCCUAAAUCCAAACCUUCUCUUAAAACAUCCCCAAAGGCCAAGAAGAUCCUGGGCUGGGGGGAUUUUUACUUCAAUGUGAAAACAGUGAAGUUCAGCCUUCUGGUGACGGGGAAAAUCGUGGACCACAUCAACGGCACGUUCAGCGUCUAUUUCCGCCACAACUCAUCCCGCCUGGGGAACAUAUCCGUCAGCAUCAUCCCGCCCUCCAAAGCUGUAGGAUGGGAGGUUUUGGAUCCGACAGCUCAAAGCGUUCACACAAAAAACUCAGUCCUGUUUCCGGAUUUGCCAUCCCAGUUCCAGAGCCCACCUCAGUCCACCACCUUCUCUCCUCCAGACCAGCAGAAGCUAGACAUGGUGUUGGUUAAUGAACUCAACUGCCGGAUUGAAUACCAGAGAACCAACCGGUCCAAGAAGACCAAGCCCUGCAUGUAUGACCCAGGGCAGACCUGCUACUCAGAAAACACCCAGUCCCAGGCUGCCUGGAUCUGUGCCAAACCCUUUAAGGUUAUAUGCAUCUUCAUUGCCUUCACCGGCACCGAUUACAGGCUGGUGCAGAAAAUCUGUCCGGACCACAACUUUUAGAUGGAGCAGAACCAGCAACACUUUGGAUGAUGGGUUCUGAGAUAUCAGACACUGACUUUUCAUACAUCUUUUAAAAUCAUAUGUUACGUUUUUUUUAAAAAGGUUUGAAAAUGAAUGUUUUUAUACGCUGUUAAAGUGCAGUUUGAGUCUUGUGUUAAUGUGUUAAUGAGAUUCAUAAUAUGGGUGCUGAUAUUGUCUGAAACUAUACUCAUCUGCCAAAAGCUCCACAUUGUCUUGAAAAAAAACAGUGACUUGAUCAACAAUGUCACUUUGUGUGUGGUGUUUUGGUUUUCUGAAUGUGCAUUGAUAGUGAUGACUUUAAAUCACAAUUUUGACAUAUGAUAUUUAAAAAAUGUGAUCUAACUCAUGAAUGGUAGAUACAUCUUUAGAGACAGAAUCAUCUGUACCUUUUGAAAAAAAAAGACUUUGAAUUCUUUUUUACUGGGCCUGUAAAUGUAUUCCAUGCCUGUUCAUUGUACAGUGAUUGUGAUUAAUUAUAGGUUUGUCUUCUAAGAACUGACACAGAGUGAGAUGAUUUACUGUUACAGUUACCUUAAUCACUGACACAAUACGUGUCCUUGGCUUUCCUCCAGCACUGAUUUUACUCUCACUUUGCACCUUGUCAGCGUUCACAGACAUACUUUCUCUCUCAUUGCGGCAAACAUUACAGGUGAGUACGUUUGUUGUAUUUAUUUUGGAGCUUUUUUUAAAUGUACACGCAGCUAAAUUUGCUUUAGAAUAUCUUUCCCUCCGAAGAGCUGUUGUCAUUAAAUCACUUAAUGCUGCAAACUAGGUCAGCUUGUCACUACAGGUCGCCUCACCAUUAUAGAAAUGUCUGGUUUGAACAUUUAUGUUCUGUUAGACUUUGUGUUGUGGUUUCAAUUUGUCAGUUCAGUUGCAUGAGUGUUGCAGUGUUUUGUCUGAUAACUGUGAUCAUCUCAGGUGGUCGAAAGAGAAAGAGAAAAAAAGAGUGCUACUCUUUGUUCCAGAAAGUGUGUAUUUAAAGGAAAGUUGACCAUACACUCUGUGCGUAAUGCAAUACUUUAUUUGCGCAAGGCUUAGAAAACACAAUGAACACAAAAGAUGAAAAGAGACUUUCUUCAACACGUAUUUAUGCUUGAACAGUAAUCUCUCUAUUAUGCCAAAGUAGUACCUAGUUAUGGAACCAUCACGCAGCUACAAGCUGCCUUCAACAAACAAGACCCUGAUAAAUGAGUCACUGUGUGUGGCCAGCCCGCGUUACACUUUUCAUGUCCAAGGUUUUCCAUGACCGCUCCACUGAAUAGCAUGUUUGUUUUCUCACUGCCUUUCAUUUAAUGGAUUGUUUAGAACUUCAAAAGACACAUUAUUCUACCUCCUUUGUUUCCAAACCUCCGGUGCAAAUAAUUAUAAUUUAGAGUGAUGAAAGUGGUUUUGCACAGGGUUUCUCUCUCUCUGAGGUUUUCAAAGGACACCAAAGGAGCAAUCUUGAAAAACAACAACAAAAUAGAAUGCCUAAGAAACUUUUACUCUGCAGACAGUUUUAAUAAUGACACUGAGUUCUUUAAUAAAACAGUACAUUGUAAGAAAUACAGCACAAUCUCCAGGGUCGUUUUCCAAACAGAAAAUAAUUUGCUAUUUUUUAAGAAGUGGACACA